AUGCCAUUAUCUGAAACUGAAUCUAAACAAUUCGAACCAUCGAAUAUAUCAAUUAUUGAAAUUCGACUUGAAAAUGAUGAAUUCAAUCAAGUUCAUGAAGAACUUCUUCAUUUUUUAUUACCAUAUCAUAAACUUCUAUGUCAAGAAAAUAUUUGGCCAAAAGAAAAUAGUUUUACAUCACCAAAUAUAUCACUUCAAUUAAUAAAAGAUAUUUGUGAAAAUGAAAAAUAUAUUACUAAAAAUACAAAUCGUAGUGAUAUACUUAAAUAUUUAAUGUUUAUUUAUACAAUAACAUCGUUUCUUUAUAUAUUUGCUUAUUGUUCAUUACAAACAGCAAUACGUCAUGUUGAAAAUAUAAUUGUACAAAAUAUGAAAAAUGUUUGCAUUGAUCAAGAAUGUGGUAAACCAUUAUUUGAUUUAUUAACAAAAACUCAUCAAAAAUUUGAAAAUAUUCUACAUCCGAAAAUUUUGCAUAUUAAACAAAUGUUCGUUGAUUUUUUUGAUAAAAGACGACGAUUAAUGGGUACUAUAAGACAAGUAUCGGAACCAAAAUUUCUUCUUCUUGUUCAAUAUGAAUCAAUUGAACUAUUACAUGAUAUUGAACGUGGUCUUUCAUCAAUUAUUGAACUUCGUUCUUAUGUUUAUGAUAAACAAGCUAAUAUUACACGAGAUGAAUUUAAUGAUUUAUUAAUGUAUAAUAAUAUGAUUAUUAUUCGUACACGUCAAAUAUCGUCAACAAUUAUAACUCGACCAAAACGAUUAACAUUAAUUAUUGAAUAUGAAUGUGGAGAACAAAUACCACAAUGGUAUCGAUUUUGUCAACAACAAUUUAUUUCUUAUCUUGCUUAUAAAACUAUUUUACCUUCAUUUAUACCUCCAAAUGAAGAAUUAAUUCAAAGUAUCGAGAAAAAAUCUUCUCCAAUACUGAAAGAUGAGCCAUCAAUUUUACCAACAAUUAUUUUAGCUCGACCAUUAGUUGAUAAUUUUAAAUUAUUACGAACACUUGAAUGUCGACAUGAUAUAUCGAUUAUUACACGAGAUUAUCAUUUACUCGGUAUUUCAAUUGAUAAACAACCAGAUAUUUUAAUUGAUUCAAUUACUUCGAUGUUAAUCUUCGAUUUGAAUACAAAACUUGAUAUUAAUUUAGUACAAAAUAAAAUUCAAUCAAUGACUCUUCAUUCAUGUCGUAUUCAUAUAGCUAUACUAACUAGUGGAUCAACACCUGACUUUAUUCUUUCAACAUAUAUUACACCAAUCACUCAAUUAGCUAAACAAAUUCAAGAACAUGAAACUAAUAUUGAAAUUCAAAUUAAAUCAUUUAGUAGUCUUGAUGAAUUUGCCAAUCAUGUAGCUCAACUAGUACAACAAUGUUCUUCAUUAAAAUAUGUUUUAACUCCAACACCAUCAUGGAAUGAAAAAAUGUUACUUCGUCGGUGUUCAUCACUUAAUAGUAUUAGUGCACAAUUAAUUUUACAACGCUUAAAAAAUGUCGAUCUAUCGACAGUAAAUCUUGAUGUAUUAGUUAGUCAAUGUCCAGAAAUACCUAUGAUCUAUUUAAAAAAAAAUAAAGGAAUCUUAUCUAAUCGUCAAAUGAAAGAAUUGCAUGACGCAUUUGAUCUAUUUGAUCGAGAUAGAAGUGGAACUAUAUCAUUAUCAGAAUUAAAACAAGUAUUAAUUGCUUUAAACUUUAACCCAACAGAUACUUUAGUUCGAAAAGUAAUGAAAGAAAUGGAUAUAGAUGGAAACGGUUCAGUUGAAUUUGAUGAAUUUGUUAAAAUUAUGAAAAAUGUUUAUGAACGAAAGUUCACUGAAGAUGAAAUGCGACGAGCAUUUAAAUGUUUUGAUAUAGAUAAUUCAGGUUAUAUUACUGCAGAUGAAUUACAUGAAGUUUUAAGACGAUUAAAUCGUGAUGUUAGUGAACGUCGGAUUAGUGAAGUUUUAAAGUCAGUUGAUAUGGAUCAUGAUGGUAAAAUAAGUUAUGAAGAAUUUGUACAUAUCGUACAAGACACAUAA